UCAGGCCGUUAGAGAGCCCUCGCUCUCGGAUAAAAUAGUAUCACAGCUAGUUCGUUUGUAUAACUGUACAGUGCCACUUCGGACAUGCAGCCUCAAACUCUUCAACGGAAUAUCUUUGCUGCGCUGGACAAUGUCACGCGCUGAAUUACUCUUCUGUGGACGGUUUUAAUGCCAAUGAGACUUAACGUAAUUUCUGCAUUCCUAUAAAGGAGUAUCUGGCUCGGGAAUCAUUUGCAUUUUGCAAAACGGUCAGGAAGUCUGUCUGAUGAACCUGGAGAAUCCUGGGGGUUUCCAUAGAAGUGAAAGACAGUUGGACAUGGAGCAGAAGGGCAGCAAACUUACUUUUGGCUUCCAGAGAAGCUCUACCUCAGAUGAUGACUCAGGCUGUGCACUGGAGGAGUACACCUGGGUUCCACCUGGACUGCGACCUGAACAGAUCCAGUUGUACUUCUCUUGUCUGGCAGAGGAUAAGGUUCCUUAUGUUAACAGCCCAGGAGAGAAACACCGCAUCAAACAGCUCUUAUACCAACUGCCUCCCCAUGAUAAUGAGGUGCGAUACUGCCAGUCCCUCAGUGAAGAAGAAAAGAAAGAGCUCCAUAUGUUCAGUGUACAGAGGAAAAAGGAGGCACUGGGUCGGGGAACCCCAAAACUGUUGCCGAGGACUGUGCUCCAUGCCAUCUGUGAACAUUGUGGGGAGCGUAUCAGUGGAGGAGAGAUGGCAGUUUUUGCCUCAAGAGCAGGAUCAGGACUGUGCUGGCACCCAGCAUGCUUUGCAUGUUCAACAUGCAAUGAGCUUCUCGUAGAUCUCAUCUACUUCUACCAUGAGGGCAAGAUUCACUGUGGGAGGCAUCAUGCUGAAUUGCUAAAGCCUCGCUGUUCAGCUUGUGAUGAGAUUAUUUUUGCUGAUGAGUGCACAGAGGCAGAGGGUCGUCACUGGCACAUGAAGCACUUUUCCUGCUUUGAAUGUGAAACCAUUUUGGGUGGCCAGCGGUACAUCAUGAAAGAUGGUCGGCCCUACUGUUGUGGUUGCUUCGAGUCCCUGUAUGCAGAAUACUGUGAGGCCUGUGGAGAGCACAUAGGGGUUGACCAUGCACAGAUGACAUACGAUGGGCUUCACUGGCAUGCCACAGAUGAGUGCUUCAGCUGUGCCCAGUGUAAAAGCUCCCUGCUUGGUUGUCCAUUCCUGCCCAGACAAGGCCGUAUCUAUUGCUCUAAAGCUUGCAGCCUAGGGGAGGACAUCCAUGCAUCUGACUCCUCGGAUUCUGCCUUUCAAUCUGGCAGGUCUCGUGAAUCGCGCCGCAGUGUAAGAAUGGGCAAGAGCAGCCGUUCUGCAGACCAGUGCCGCCAGUCCCUGCUCUUCUCGCCUGCUGGGAACUAUAAGUUCCCUGGUUUUCUGGGUAACACUGACGAUACUUUAUCAAAUAAGCUAACCCAUUUGAGCUUCACAGACGACAAAUUCUGGAGGAACAGGGAGGAGCAGGAGGCACCUGAGGACCAUGAUGAAUGGGCUGAGCAUGAAGACUACAUGAGCCAGCUGCUUCUAAAGUUUGGAGAGCAUGAGAUUUUCCAGCAGCCAGAGGACGGCAGACCAAAUGACCUCUGGAUGACUGACUGUGAGAUCAAAAAUAAGACAGAACCAAAGAUGUCAGGUAGUGGUGGCAAUGGGAGCCUGGCCAGUAAAAAAUAUAAGGCAGAUAUGUACUGGACACAGUCUCAAGAUGGACUGGGAGACUCUGCUUAUGGUAGUCAUCCUGGACCUGCAAGUAGUCGGAAAAUUCAAGAGCUGGAUCUUGAACAUGGUGCCAACUUUAAGUGUGAUGACAAGCAAUGGUAUGAUGACUCAUUGGAAUGCAUUACAGAUGGACUGAAACCAGCAGAGCAGAGUGUUCGAGAUUCAAUGGACUCACUAGCACUCUCAAAUAUCACAGGGGCAUCAGUUGAUGUGGACUUUAAAGAGAAGCCUUUACCUUAUUUGUUGCAAAACUUUACAGAGCUAGAGAAUGAGGACUGCGAGAAAACCAGUAACAUGGGGACCCUCAAUUCUUCAAUGCUGCAUAGAAGUGCUAACUCCCUCAAAAGUCUUACAUCUGAGUUGGAACAAGCAGAGGCAGGAGAGGAGGAGGAACCAGAGGAGGUAGUAAAUCUCCAAGAGGAAAGAUCCAAACCUCCCCAUUUACCUGUUCUCCGGAGGACCAGAUCCCAGUCAAGGCCCCAGCAGGUCAAGUUCUCAGAUGAUGUUGUGGAUAAUGGGUGCUAUGGUGAUCUAGAGGUGCGCCAGCCCCCGAUGAGUGAGCGCACUCGCAGAAGGGUAUACCAUUUUGAUGAACAGGACUUGCAACGUCACCGGCAUCACCACAAUUACAGGCCUCGAAGGAGCCGAAAGUCUCGAUCAGACAACGCGCUGCACAUAGUGCCCAAAGAGCGAGCUCGCAUGUGCUUCAGAGAGGACCAUCGCCAGCACGCCCCUGUGGCCUCUGCUCAGUAUGGACAGCACCCACACGGCCACACAAACACCCAGUAUGGGCUGCAGAAUCAGGCUGCAGAAAGAUUUCUUCGUCUUUAUGGAGACGAUGAUGACUGGUGUUCUACAUGCUCCUCCUCUUCCUCAGAAUCAGAAGAGGAAGGCUUUUUCCUGGGUCAACCAAUUCCCCAGCCCAGGCAACAUAGGUAUCAUUAUUACACUGAUGAACUGCCAAGUCAGGUAUCUCCACCUGUUGGCUCAAGGACAAAUUACAAAAAGAAGAAAGGACAUAAGGGAAAAAAUUGUAUAAUAUCAUAGACUCCACAUCAAAAAUAAUUCUCAAAACAAAGCAAUAAAGUAAUUAGCUCCCAUAAUUUAAUCAACUUCAUACAAAUGCCAGGAAUGAUCCUAAUUCAGAACAUUUUUGCAAUGUGAGGAACCAGGCAGACUCUUGUUUGAGAUUAUCUCUGGCCUUUCUAACUCAAUAAACAAAGUCAAUGCCAACCUUGCCAGUCAAUAAUACCACAGAUAAACGCAUUAUGCUAACAAAAAUAAAUUUCUGCAGCAACUGGUAUGUGUAUUAAAUAACAGGUCACUUAUAGUUGUGGACAGAAUGAAAGAAUAUAAUAUUUAUAAAGCAUCAUAUAUAAAUGAGUGAAUAUUUAACAGUGCAAAUAAAAGUGUAUAUAUUGUAAAAACAGUUCUGAUUUAAAGCAGAUAUUUUUAUAUCCCUGAAAAGAUUUUUUAAACAGAUAAAAGUACUAGACUAGCUGACAUAUAGGUUUGCAGAAGCUCCACGUUUGUUAAUCAGGGUUUUCAAAAUAAAAAAGUCACAAAAACAUUGCAGUUUGACCCUUGAUAUCUCAGUCUACAUGCUUCUUUUAUAUUACAGUAACUGAUGAAAAAUACACCCUAUGUAUUAUGCAGAGCCUAUCUGGUUUGAAUUGUAUUUAUGAGUCACAAUAAACAGAUCAGUGUAUUCUGUAUAAAUGCAAAAACUGGAACAUAAGGCUGACAAUAAAAGAAUAUGCAAGUUGUA